UAGAGCUCUCCUGUUAGACAAAUUAAAUCCUUAUAAACAGAAGUUUAAUGUUUGGUAAAUAGGCUUUGCUUAAUUUAUUAGAAUACUCAGACAGAUAAUUGAUAUCGGUGGACAGAAAUCAUUAUUAAUCACAGAUCAUUAGAGCUGUACACUAUGGCAUCUGCAGGGGAUGAAUCUGAAGACGACAUCAGAAUCCAGCAGCGCAGGCACAGUAUGGAUCUUGAUUGGCCAGAUUUCUCAGAGCUCCGGGUUGUUCUGCUGGGGAACAGCUGGUCAGAGAGGAGAUCAGUUGGGAACUUCAUACUGAAAAAGGAAGGAAUCACCACUGAAAAAGCACCUGAACAGUGCGAGAAACACUUAACGCGGUUCAAUAAGAGAACAGUAACCAUCAUCAACACCCCAGACCUCCUGCAAACCAACCUGUCUGAAAACAAACUCAGUGAAUAUGUGGAAACCUGCAUCACACUCUCUGAUCCAGGACCUCAUGUGUUCCUGCUGGUUCUUCAGCCUGAGAACUUCACUGAGGAACAAAAAGAGAGGCUCUGUGUCUUCCUGACACGUCUCAGUGAUCAAUCGUUUGAUCAUUCCAUGGUUCUGGUUUCCACACCCAGAGAGAGGAGUGAAGCUGAUGGUUCAUCUGACCUACUCUUAAAAGAGAUGAUCGUUAAAUGUCAGUACAGACACUUAAGUCUGAAGAACCUGGAACGUCGUGAGCUGCUGACACGUUUAAGUCAGAUUGUAAAAGAGAACAACGGAUAUGUGAGCUGUGAUGUUUUCAAGGACGCAUCUCAAAGACUAACUGAGGAAUACGUUAAACCAGAGGAAAUCAGUUUUAAUAUUGAUCCCACAACAGAAAAUGGUAAGUUAUGA